CGCUGAUGUGAGUGGUGGUUUAAGCUCUACGCUCUCGAAGUUUCUCACUCGUCCAACUCCAACUAGCAGAACUGUUAACAAUCAAGUAUUUCCAGACAUAACGAAAAUCACUCUUCACAUUAAACGAUUUUUAUUCGUUCAUAUUGUCAACGGUUAUCAAGUUAACUAUUUUUUGGGGGAUUUUUGAAAUCUGAUUCCUUGAGAAACCGACUUGACUGAGAAGGCAUUUUCAGCUGGCACCUUUUGAAACGAAGUGUAAAAUUCUGGCCGCUUAUUCACAUAAAUCAACAUAUCUGUCAACCACGACUAUUUUUUAAUUUCAUAAAUUUUCAUAAUUUCUGCUCCGUUAACACCAUUGAAAAAAAAAUCCUUAGUUCCCAACAAUAUAUAAAUUUACUGGACAUAUUACGCGAAUCUGGAACUAUCGGCACGUUUUCGGUUUUAUUAUAAAUUAUAUUCAAGUUUUGACUAUUGAGAACCCAGUCAUAGCAAUUGUUUAGUGGUAUAAUAAAUAGUUUAGUGCUGAACCUUCUCUCUGUGACGUGAACACCGCCCUAAGCCCUGGAUUACCUCGCCAGCGAACCAGCCUCAUCUUCUUCUCUUUGUUAAAGGAUGGAGUGGAUGGCCGAUGCGCCCUGUAGCAGGGGCAGGUGAGCGGACCGCGGGGCCGCCAUGACGCCUCUACAGGAGGUAGCGGCCCCAGGGAGGCUCCCUCGGCGGGCCAUGCCUCCGUCUGUGUUACUGAGCCUCAUCUUCUGCUGGUGCUUAUGGAGCGUCAAGUCCGAGCCUCUGUCCCUGCACCUCACCAAGAGACACCCGUCCACAUGGGACGUCUCAGCCGGGACGGUUUUGUCCAACAUCAGCAAAGAUGUUGUCCUGCAAUUCGUGCCGGCUAAUCAGAGCCACGUCCUAAAUCACGUUGCUGUUGACAUGGCAAGUGACGACGUUUAUCUAGGAGCAGUCAACAGGUUAUACCAACUCGACGGUGCCUCCAUGAAACCGAUCUACCAGGUCAUCACCGGCCCUAGAUUAGAUUCCCCAGGUUGUCAUGCCAAUGGCUGCAAUUCUGAUAUUAAAAAAUCUGCCACUGAUAAUCACAACAAAGUUUUAGUUAUUGCUCCUUCAACGGAGUCGGUGAUUGUGUGCGGCUCUGUGUCGCAGGGCGCUUGUGACACUUACCGUCGCGGCAACUUAUCCGUCCACAACGAGUACAUCCCUCGAGCCGUCGCAGCAAACGAUCCGCAUUCGUCCACGUUCGCGUUUAUUGGACCUGAACGCCACAGUACUUUUGGAGAGUCCGAAGCUCUUUACAUAGGAACGACGUUCACGGCAAUCGGAGACUACAGACAUGACGUACCUGCGCUUGCCACUAGAAAUCUAGUCGAUCUUGAUUUUUCUAAGUUUACGUUUUCUGAACAGUCUUUGUUAAGAAUCGAUGUCAAGUACCGAGAUAACUUUCUUGUCAAGUAUGUUUACGGAUUUAAUGCAUCAAACUAUGUAUAUUUUUUGACGGUGCAGAAAAAAUCUCAUCUUCCUGGCCAAGAGGAAGCGGGAUACAUCAGUAGAAUUUCUAGAAUAUGCAUUUCCGAUGAUAACUAUGACUCCUACACCGAGAUUUCCUUGGAGUGUCACGGUCCCGGAACUGGUCACAAUUUAGUACAAGACGCGACCAUUUUUGAUGCAGGGGAAGAUCUUGCAAGGAACUUGGGCAUUUCAACGGGUGAUCAAGUGAUGGCAGUUGUUUUUGCCGAGGCCCAGGGUCACUCCGACAACCCUCAAAAGUCGACAGCUUUGUGUUUAUACUCCGUCAAAGAAGUUGACGCACGUUUCAAUGAGAACAUUCAUAUGUGUUUCAACGGGACCAGAAGAUAUCGUAGCAUGGAACACAUUUCGGGGACCAUUCUGAACGGCAAAUGCCCCACGCAGUGGUCCACAGGCAACAUUCAAGACUUUUGCAAUGAGGGACUCAAAAUUUCGGGGUCUGCGCCAUUGACAACGAGACCAGCGCUGCUCCUCAACGACACACUCGUGACUUCAAUCGUCGCCACAUCGGCCAGUACGCACUCCGUGGCCUUCAUGGGCACCAGUGAAGGUUUUAUCAAAAAGGCGCUGCUCGUGGGCGCUGACAGCGCGACGCUGUACGCUGAUGUACCCGUUGACCCCGGGCACGCGGUGCUCAAAGACAUGGAGUUCAGUCCACGCAAAGACUUCCUCUACGUCCUGACCAGCCUUCGGGCAUCGAAGGUAGCGGUGCAGAGCUGUCACGCGUACACGGACUGCACCUCCUGCCUCCAAGCGAUGGACCCUUACUGUGGCUGGUGCUCCUUGGAGAAAAGGUGCACGGUGGCAUCGGCGUGCGAACACGCGGGCUUCUCGUCCCCGCGGUGGCUGAACUUCAGGUCUGGCCAACAGUGCAUUGACUUCGAAGCCAUCGAUCCUGAGGGCCUUCCUAUCAACACUGAAGCCUCUCUGAUCCAGCUGACGAUUCGCACGCUCCCCGCGCUGCCAGCUGGGGCCAAGUACCAGUGCAUGUGGGGCUCCGCCCCUCCCGCCGACGCCACGGUCACCAACACGGGGCUAACCUGCCCUGCGCCGGCUCUGCGGUACCGACCAAAUAUUCUGCCUCACACAGACCACACGCUCGUGCCUCUCGCCGUCCGCUCCAGUGAAACCAAUCAGGAUUUCGUGUCGAGGAACUUUGCGUUCUACGACUGCAGUCGCCACGUGACGUGUGGUUCGUGCGUGCGCAGCGCGUGGGCCUGCAACUGGUGCGUCUACGAGAACACGUGCACGCAUAACAGCUCAUCGUGUCUCAAGACUGUCGUCUCCGGUGAACAGAACCCAGCAAAGUUGUCGUCUCACGGAUUGAACUCCUGUCCGCACUUCAUGAGGAGGACCGAGGACCUGCUGGCGUCUGAUGGCACGCCGACGGAGUUAUACCUCGCCGUGCGAAACCUGCCCACGCCCAGAGCCGGCCAACUGGGCUUCCAAUGUGUGGUCAAUAUCGAGGGCGCGACUAUGCUUGUGCCGGCCAAGGAAUCUCCGGACACGGAAGGCUUGAUCAUCUGCGAGACGGCCUCGUACCACUACCAAGCUCCGACGGCUGAGUACAAGGCUACGUUGAAACUUGUUUGGAAUCGGGACCACGAGAUCGGUCGUCGCUCGCUGACGCUGUACAAAUGCUCGGUGCUUGGCGCGCACCGCGGCCAUGCGGACUGUUCGCUGUGCGUGACGCGGCCCUCGCGCUACCGCUGCUCUUGGUGCGGCGGCGCCUGCAACUACGCGCCGUCUUGUCCCGCCGCCGCCAGGCCGCUUCUCAGCCCGCACCACCAGGACGUGUCUGCAUCUCCCACCGGAGCCUGCCCGUCACCAAGGAUUGACAUGAUCCACCCCUUGGCUGGCCCCAUGGAGGGCGGUACCCUGGUCACCAUCGAGGGCAGCAACCUGGGCCUGCGCGAGGAAGACAUCGUCGGCAACGUCUUCAUCGGAGACGUGCCUUGUGACGUGCAAGGCUACGAAGUGUCCGUUAAAAUCACUUGCCGCACGGGCAAAGUUCCUCCGCAUCUCAUGACCAAUAACAUGCAUUUCCCGGUCCAUGUGUCAAGCCCAUCGGGCGCAACCAUGUCGACUGUUAAAUUCUCUUAUACGAACAUAACUGUUGACAGUAUGUGGCCGAGACAAGGACCAAUGUCGGGCGGAACUGUCUUGUCUAUCAGCGGUAAUUACUUGAACGUUGGCACGAACAUUACUGCGGUGCUCGAUGAUCUGCCGUGCAAGGUAAACAAGACACAAUCUUCGUCACAGCGCUUGGUCUGCAUCACGUCCCGGGCAGGGCCUCCCAACCCCGAGGGCUCUCGAGCUCACGCACAACGCGUCAUCCGCACGCUCGUGGUCAACAUCGACAAUGCGCAAAGAAUCUUGCCGGUUCCUUUCACGUACACUCCAGACCCGCGGGUCCUCGAGCUCAAACCUCUAACGAGUCCUUGGAGCGGAGGUCGCAUCAUUACUGUCCAUGGGUCCUACUUGGACGCUGUCCAGUCUCCAAGAAUUACGAUCCUCCUCCAUGACAGAAUCUUGAACUCCUCCAUGUGUCAUGUGGUCUCGGCGUCACUCAUGGAGUGCCCGUCGCCGCCCGUGGAUCGCGCCGUUGUGUUGGCCUUGCUCAGAGAUCGUAGAAGUUUUGACUCUUUCUCUUCGUCAGAUUCAGAAAAUUAUACGUCCGAAAGCCCGGCGGUCUUGAGAAAUAUGAGAUCCUCGUCGAAAAUUGGAAGCUCAUUGGCUCUGGAUGUUGGAUUUAUUAUGGACAACGUCGCGUCCGUCCGCAAUUUACGACACAUGUUGCCUGCUUCCGUCCGUAUUGCUCUUGUUUAUGUUCUCGAUCCUGUGUAUAAGAAAUUCCCGGACGGUAUUAAACUCUACAAAGGCGACACUCUCGUCAUCGAGGGUGAAAAUCUGAAUUUGGCCAGCGACGAAACCGACGUGAAUGUCACAAUCGGCACGAAAGCGUGCAACGUCACAUCUCUGGCGCUCACGCAGCUCGUGUGCGACCCACCCGAGUCCCAACCGUCCCCAACCGACGAAACGGGUCGUCCAACCGACUCGGGAUUACCGGUUGUAGUGGUGCGGGUGGGCAGCAACCUGCGAUAUGUCAUCGGGAACUUGAGAUACGAGAUGAUGAAGGAGUACCACUUCCCUCCGGAGGCAAUUGGUGGUAUGGCCACUGGAGGGCUGUUCCUGGUCCUGGUAUCUAUGGUGAUUCUGGUCGUGUAUCGCCGCAAGAGCAACCAGGCUGAGCGCGAGUACAAGAGGAUCCAGAUACAGAUGGACACGCUGGAGUCUAACGUGCGAUCAGAGUGCAAGCAAGCUUUUGCGGAACUGCAAACGGACAUGACCGACCUGACCGCCGACCUGCAGUCGUCAGGCAUACCAACCCUGGACCUGCGAACCUACAUCAUGAAAGUGUUCUUCCCUGGCGUUAUGGACCAUCCCGUACUCAAUGACCCCAAGUACCAGAUGAGCACCUGUCGCACGCCCGGAGAGAGCAACGCUAUGGUCCAAUUUGAGCAGCUCAUCGCCAAUAGAUAUUUCCUGCUGGCCUUUAUUGAGACUCUUGAGGCACAGAAAACCUUCAAUAUCAGAGACAAAGUGAACGUAGCGUCGCUGCUGGUGGUGGUGCUGACAGGCCGUAUGGAGUACCUGACAGACGUGCUACGUCUGUUGCUGCUGCGUCUCAUUGAUAAGAGCGUCGCUACGAAGCAUCCUCAGCUCAUGCUCAGGAGAACGGAAACUGUCGUCGAGAAAAUGCUCACCAAUUGGCUGGCACUGUGCAUGUAUUCCUACCUCAAGGACGAGGCUGGCCCCGCGAUAUUCCUGCUGUACAAAGCGAUCAAGCACCAGGUGGAGAAGGGGCCCGUGGACGCCGUCACCCACGACGCCCGCUACUGCCUCUCAGAGGAGCGUCUCCUUAGGGAGCAAAUCACCCACUCCCCCGUCACUCUUCACCUCAUCCGCGACGAGCCUCACUACGAGAAAAUUCCCUAUUCUGCUCCUCAGUACGUGGCAGUGUUGGGCGAGGAUGGUGAGAAGGCGCAGUGCCGCGUGCUGGACUGCGACACCAUCACGCAGGCCAAGAGUAAGAUACUAGACGCGCUCUACCGCAGCACUCCUCACUCCCUGCGGCCAUCGGUACACGAUCUUGAUCUCGAAUGGCGUCACGGCCGCAACGGUCACGUGGUUCUGGCUGACGAAGACAUCACGACGCGGGUGGAGCCUGGCGGUUGGCGGCGCUUGAACACUUUGGCUCAUUAUGGUGUGGCGGACCCCGCCAUCAUGGCGCUCGUGCCACGGCAACAUUGCCCGCCACAACUGCCUCCGCCAAUGCACCAUCGCUCCCAUGCCACACUACAUCAGCCGCAUAGCUUGCAUGUCACUCUCAACCACUCGGCAUCCACCAAGUUUAUGAGUCACACGUACAGCCGGAGCGCCUCUGGCAGUCCAGUGAGCGCCACCAUCGACUUCGAGGGCCCCAACGCCCGGCAUUCUUACUACCAUCUCGUCAAGCCUCUUGACCACGACUCUCCUCAGAGACCCUCCGAUAGAACCCAUAAAGCAAUACCCGAAAUAUUCCUCACGAGAUUACUAUCCACUAAGGGUACAGUUCAAAAGUUUGUCGAUGAUUUUUUCCGAACUAUCUUGAGUCCCAAUAAUGGACUUCCUCCCGCUAUAAAAUGGCUCUUCGAUCUCUUUGACGAUGCAGCAAGAGUAAGAGGUAUCAGCGAUCCCGAAAUAGUAACGUCGUGGAAGUCAAACAGCCUUCCUCUCAGAUUCUGGGUGAAUUUUAUCAAAAACCCUGACUUUAUCUUAGAUGUUCACAAGAGUCCGACCGUUGACGCUUGCUUAUCGGUGAUCGCUCAGACUUUCAUGGACUCGUGUUCGACGUCUGAGCACAGACUUGGCAAAGAUUCUCCUUCGAACAAGUUACUUUUUGCUAAGGAUAUGCCUCGCUAUCGUUCUCUUAUGCGAAACUUCUAUAACGGAAUCCGUGACAUGCCAUAUGUCACGGAGCAAGAAAUGUCCUCACACCUACACCAGUUGAGUUUAACUCACCUCAGCAACGUGGAUACUGUGCCUGCCUUACAAGAACUCUUUCACAAAUAUGUUCUUCGCUACUAUCCUCAGAUACUGGAUACCUUAGCUGUAGAUCCUGAAUGUAGAACUUUACACUUGGCACACAAGUUGGACUUGGUUCUGUGCUCCCUUCAAGGAGAACCCAGUGCUGUGUGCUGAGCAUCAGUGGAAAAUUUUUUCGUGAUUGGUUGUUUUUGAUGCAUUGAGCGGCGCGAUUACGACCCUCUACGAAGUUGCCUUUAACACGAAGACAUGUAAAUGUUUUGUAAUUAUUUGAUAGAGUGCACUUAGUAUCUAGCCAAAGAUACAUUAAUGCAGCGCGCGUGAUUAGAAUUGGAUAGUUUUAUGAUGAUUGAGAGAAGUAGCUAAUUUUCGGUCUGAAAACAUUGUAAGGGAAGCUAAGUAAAUGGAUCGAGAGCGACGGCUAUGCUAUACUUAAUCAAAUGCUCGUAUCUGUGAUUUUAACCAUAGUGCAUUCCAGUACGUUUCAUUGUGCUUUUCACUAUUGAUGCAAUUCUGCACCCAUCACCGCCUUUUAAUUUUUUACCUUACGAUCGAUACAAUUAACGCGCCAA